AUGGCCCUCUCUUGCAGAUUCGCAGCCCAGAGCUGCGCCCGUCAGCUCCGUGCCACCGGCUCGAUGCGUGCCUCGACAUCCCUCUUCCAGACCCGAACUCCCGUAACCGCACGAAGGUACAACUCGACCGAGGCCGCUGCCCCCACGAACCCCAAGAUCGCCGCCAUUGUCGACCAGAUUAGCACCCUUACUCUCCUCGAGACCGCAGACCUUGUUUCAAGCUUGAAGUCCAAGCUCAACAUCCCCGAUCUCCCCGUCGGUGGCUUCGCCGCCGCCCCCGCAGCAGCUCCCGCCGCUGUCGAGGAGGCUGAGGAGGCCGCACCGGCGGCCGCCGAGAAGAGCGUCUUCAACAUCAAGCUCCAGGCCUUCGACGCCGGCUCCAAGCCCAAGGUCAUCAAGGAGAUCAAGAACCUGUUGGGUCUGAGCUUGGUGGACAGCAAGAAGUUCGUCGAGAGCGCGCCGAAGCUGAUGAAGGAGAACGUGGCCAAGGACGAGGCCGAGAAGAUCAUCGCCGCCAUGAAGGAGCUUGGCGCCACCGUCACCAUGGAACUGGAGCGCGGCCCCUCUCCUUGGGAGGAGAUGUAA